AUUACUUGUACACACAGGCUAUCAAAUCAAUGUAGUGAAUAGUCUCAUUUUAUAUGAAAUAUGGAGACCGGCCUACAGAAAUAUAUAUUAUUGAAUGACAGAGUUGUGGAAAAAGCCAGGUUUGGUUCGAAGAAAACCAUACCUUCUCAACUUCUUCGAGGUGAAAUAUUGGAGUGUUUACCUAAAUCAAAGCAACCAAAAGACCCUGAAAAGAUCGCUCUACGUUUAUUUAGCGUAAACAUAGACGAAAACAUCAAACUAGAAUGCCCUAAGCUGGGUGUUUCAGCGUUAACAGACAGCGAAGCUGACUUGCUUCUUGCUGUCUCUUCAUUACAGGAAAGGCUUCGUGUUUAUCGAGACGAGAGGAAUCGUCUACAGCAGUCCAAUUUAGAUGUUGGUUAUAAAGUUUUUGAAUCUGAAGGACAGGACACAUGUGAUGGUGAAUUUAGAUACAAAAGAUAUUUCGACUACCAGGCAGACCGUGGUGUUUUUGUUGCAAUAGAUGCACUACGUCCUCGGCAAGAACAAGAUAAGCCUCCUCAGAAAGAAUUAUUGCCUACCUUAAAGGAUAUGAUGCCAUCAUUUUCAAGCAAAGAUACUUCUGCGGUUAGAAACAUGGCAAAAGAACAUAAGUUAAAAAUUGACCAGAGAGUUGUCGUAUUUCCAGAAAAUGAAGAUGAUAAAGUGCCACUGAGGGGUAAAGUGCGGUACAUAUCUGAACGACUAGACAGCCAUGGUGAUUGUCCUGUUGGAAUAGAACUC